GACGCAUUAUUUCCCCGACAGAUUAACGAGUCGAGUCGAAUGCUCGGAAAUUCGAUCCAAAGUAUCGGGAUAGCUGGGAAUACUUGAAUAUCGAACGAAUACCGGUCAAAUCCUACCUACAGAAUGGCCAAUCCGUCAUUUGAUGCGAUAACAAAAAUUUGACGCGCUUCAAAUCCUUUUGGGACGAUGAGAUUUUUUUUUUCUCUCGUCCUCGGAAAAGAGGAAUACACGUUCCGCGGAUAAAUAGUUCCGCCCACUUUUUAGCGUAUAAAUUACUUUCGUCGGCCACCCCUGCCGCUUCGAGCUGCUCCACAAUUUUUAUAUUCAAGUUGAGUUUCAGGUGGCCGCGGAAUUCGAUCCUGCGACGCGUGCAAGGUAUGUGUACAGGAUGAGAACUUGUGGAAAUCGCACCCCUGAUGAAUCCGGGGCACAGGAUCGAUUUGAAUACCCAUCCCCGCCUAGGCUUUGCACUCGCUCAGCGGUCGCUCGAGUCACUCGAUUGACGGCAUAAUGUACCGAUCCUUCGCGUAGGUAGACCCCGCUGCAGCAGGACCCCUCGUUGAGAAGUUAACCGGGGAUCGAUAGAGCGACGAACGUUGUUUUCAACGCGUGCAUAGGGAUUUUCCUAAAAUUCGAACGGCGUCCGUGUAAAAGGAAAUUAUGAGAAUUACCGUUUCGUGGGGGGGGUCACGGUUCAUCCGUAGGGUUGACUCGAAUGCUUCGCCGCGAACGAACCUGUCGCCGAUAGUUUCGCCAAAUCCAAUCGAUUCGGUGAGUAAUUUAAUCCCGACGAAGCGCGGGAAAGAAAUUGGAAGCGUCAAGACUGCAAUCUCGAGAUUGAGAUUAGUCGGACGAUAAUAGAGACCCUUAACUCUCAAAUCUCUUCAGCCCCGAUGGACUCGAUUACGCCGCCAGUGCCUUCCGGAAGGCCGAGAAGACUCGACGACUGUCCAGUGAUUCGCUGCUGCUUUGAAUGGCGAACACGCUACCAACAAAUGGAGCAAUGUAAACCCCUGUACACGGGGUCGUGAUAACAUCGACACCCCCGAUAAACGGAGGGACAAAAGGGUUAUGGCGAUGUCCUUAUACUUACUUAUCUUUAUCCUGCGUGGGGUCGUCGUCUCACUUGAUCCGAUUACAAAUAACGGCGUCAUGUUUGUUCGCUGAAAAUUAGUCACCGACAAUGAAUGUGACACGGGUAAUUUAUCGUGCAUCUACCCCUGUCCUCCCCAAUGCCUCCCCGAAUCGUCGAUAUUUUUUCGCGAACUAACUUCGAGAGUGCGCCACCCGCGAUAUCGACUGGGGGUGGUAAGUUAUCAUCACCUGUGACGACAGGACGCACGAGGUUGACAGAACACGGGCACAUCCAGGACAUCGCGGACCACUGCAAAAUUGGACCGCUAAUAUUGGCGAUGCGCAAGCGUCUACAGGGUCUCUAGUCUACAGCUGUCUGGUAUGGUGAGAAAACACAAAUGGGACAAAAUACAGUGUAAUACGCGGUAAUGACAGAAAACGUCAAAGACUUGGCUACUUGUAUGUGAAUGUAUUUUGCGUUAUUGGCACAUUUAUUGGUGGGUUUAACUACAGCUUCAAAUCGGUCAAUGAUCGUAUUAAGCGUGAAUGCCAAACGGAAUAUAACGACUAUGCUUGAAUAGUGAUGGAAAAAUGGGUGUGGGUAAAAGCCAGUUCAGCGAGGAGGAACUCCAGGACUAUCAGGACCUGACUUACUUCUCAAAGAAAGAAGUGUUAUUUGCUCACCAAAAAUUUAAGGCUCUUGCUCCAGAAAAAGUUGGACACAAUAGAAAUGCCAAACUUCCUAUGGCAAAGGUACUCCAAUAUCCUGAACUGAGAGUUAAUCCUUUUGGGGAUCGGAUUUGCAAGGUAUUCAGCUCUAGUCAGGACGGCGAUUGUACGUUUGAAGACUUUCUAGAUAUGAUGUCGGUCUUCAGUGAUGCUGCUCCAAAGGCAGUCAAGGCUGAGCAUGCCUUUAGGAUAUUUGAUUUUGAUGGAGACGACAUGCUGGGGGUUGGUGAUCUGCGGCAAGUUGUAGAUAGACUGACGGCACCUCAACGACUGAACGAAACCGACAUGCAACAACUUCUACAGUGCUUGCUUGAUGAAGCCGACUUGGAUGACGACGGAGCUCUGAGCUUUGCAGAGUUUGAGCACAUCAUAGAAAAAAGCAGUGAUUUUGCAAAGUCAUUCCGCAUACGUUUAUAAUAUAUGUAGACGAACAACACUGAGAAUCAAAUGCCUGGAGGUCAAUGCAAGACUGAAGAAACACUGAAUAUCAUUCGAGCAUUCGUUGACACUAGAGGCCUAACACGCUACAUCUGUGUUUCAUUCGCAUCAUUAGCACCAAAUCUCCCAAGGUUGGUUCAGAUAAUACCAUUUUGAACCAAAUCUCUCUCUUUUCUCCGUGAAGGUAGUUUUACUUUUUUCAACCUUAUCUACUCCAAUAUUUAUUGUAACUAUUUCGUCCACAAUCACGUUCACUUUUUACAUCAUAUUUUGUAAGAAUGAAACUUAGUAACGUCACUUCGUCCAUAGUUUACAUAUUAAUUGGCACAACGUAAUUUGAUAAAUUAUGAACAUUAUUUGUGAUUCGAUAAAUCACGAAUAAUUGCUCGGCUCUUAGAAUCUCUUUUACGAUGCAAUCCGUUGAUCUUAGAUAGUUUUGUAAUAAAUUCAUCUGCAUGCCUAUUUGAUUAUUUAUACUGCUUAAUCUCAUUCUCAUCCUAUCAAGUAUUUAACCAACCCAAAUUUUUUCAUAAAUCACAAUUUGUACUCUAGGAUUUGAAAAUUGUUCUCUCACAUUCAUUCGUACCCUUUUGUGAUGAUACGUAUGUGAUCUAGAUUUGGUGUUAUUUAACAGUACAAGACUUCAAUUCAAGCUGCCAAAUACAUGGUUCAAGGAACGCAAAACUUUUAGAUAACAUUUUAAAACCAUGAACUGUAACUCUCCUUUUUUACACUAAUUAUUUAUUAUAGAAAAAAUUAUGAUCCUUUGGAACCAUGUAAAGCAUUUUUCACCGGAUUGUACCUAUGAUAAGUUAAAUGAAUACGCACAUACAUGCUGGAUGGGUGUUUAUUUAUAUUAUUUCAUAGUUCCUCCAUGUGAAAAUUAUACCAAAUAUAAAAAAAGGUGUGAGCAGA